AUGGGCAAGCGCUGGACUGUCCUCGGCGCCGCCCUCGGCUGCUGGCUUGGCGCUGGAUUCGUCAACGCCGACGUGACGCCUUACACAAACGUCGAAGCCUACUCUGCCCUUGCAGAUGCCGCAGAGGGUUUCCCCCGGCAGUAUUUCCGGUCCUCAAACAUCGUGGCGCCAGUCUUCCAGGUCAACUUCUGGGACCAUAAUGCGGUUGACGAUGCGCCCUACAUCUUCCUCGGGUCCGUCUACGGACACAUGCAGGCUGGUCCGAUGAUUAUUGAUGCUCGUGAUCUGAGCCUCGUCUAUGCGGAUCAGAGGUACGAGAACACCUACACCUCUGAGGUCCAGACCAUAAACAGCACAAACUAUCUCACUUUCUGGGAAGGAUUUCACACUCGAGGACAUGCUAAUGGCUACUGUCUUCUGUUUGAUGAGCACUACCACCUCAAAUACAACGUGUCCGCUCAGGGGCUCAACGGCGCACUGGCCGACAUGCACGAGAUGGAGGUCACCGAUGCCGGGACGGUCAUUUUCUCAACGUACUUCAACAUUCCGUACGAUCUUUCUCCCGUGGGAGGACCAGUGGAAGCUCUGCUUAUGGACAGCGGCUUCCAGGAAGUUGACGUCGCAACGAAUAAAGUUCUCUUCAACUGGGCUGCUUCAGACCACUUCAGCAUCAGCGACUCCAUGGCGGCCCCCGACGCGCGAUACGGUGUCGGUCCAGACAGCGGCUUCGACUUCUUCCACAUUAACUCCAUCAAAAAGACAAGCGCUGGCAACUACCUCAUUUCCAGCCGGCACCUGUCAAUGCUUGCCCUCAUCGAUGGUGUCGAUGGCCACCCGAUCUGGACCCUGGGAGGGAAAAGGAACCAGUUCACGGAUCUGAGCGGCGGACGGGCCACCUCUCUCGGAUGGCAGCACGAUGCUCGCUUCCAUAACAACGAAUCUCACAUCACCCUGUUCGACAACCACGGUGAAUACACCGGAAAGUGCCAGAAUAAGUGCAACACCCGCGGCCUUCACCUGGAAAUCGACCCCGCGGCCCUCACGGUCAAGGUCGUUUCUGAAUAUUAUCAUCCCGAGCAGAUCGACUCCGGCGCUAUGGGUGGCUACCAAAAGCUCAACAACGGGAACGUCCUCCUCGCGUGGGGCCACACCCCCGGGUUCGUCGAGUACACAGACGACGGGAGGACCAUCAUGGAUGUCCAGAGGGGCAAGAUCGGCUCGAGCAACAUCGACGACAUGUUUGCUUACCGCGUCCACAAGGCUCACUGGACUGGCCGUCCUAAGUGGCCGCCCAACAUGGCCAUGGACGCCCCGCAUGGGACUGCCGAGAACGCAACAGUUUAUCUCUCCUGGAACGGCGCGACGGAUAUUUUCAAAUGGUCCAUCUUCUCGUCGAAUGAUCCCCUGAAUAUUAGCGAUUACGGAAAUCUUCAAACGGCAUCUAAGCGCACCGGUUUCGAAACCAGCAUAUUUCUCGGGCCGAAAAGCACCUCGAGGUAUGUCGGCGCCGCCGCCGUCGACAAGCAGGGCAACGUACUGGGCUCAUCCCUCGUCUACGACAUGCAGACCGGCCAGCCCGUUUUGCUGAAAAGUGCCAUUAACAGUGUCCGGCCGCCCCAAACGAAGUUUUAUCCAAAGACACUCAGCUCCGCUGGCGUCGUGGGGGGCGGCGUCGUAGCGGUCCUGGCUGUCUUCGCUCUGUACAUGUUUCGCCGCCGGAAGUGUCUACACCGAGAUCCCGAGUCCGCGCGUUAUAAGCCACUGGCGAACGUGGAUUGA